CACAAAGAAGUAGCUCGGUCUCAUUGAACAUGGCGUCCUAGUGCUCAGAAGUAACGUGGUUAUUACAAGUCAACAUGUUACUACUUACAGUAGGAGGCUUUGCCAAAUGUCUGAGUCGGCGCUGUUUAUUUGAGAAGUAUGCUGUUCGCGCGUCUUUUGCGGACUCCUGUCAGCUGUGUGUGUCGAGGAGGAACAGCGCAGUCAGACGAAUAUCAGAGACACCCCUGUGGCUUCAAAGAAGAAAUGUCACAUUUGUAAUUCCAAAGACAGAAGAUGGAAAGAAACGUGUACUGGAGCAGUCUCAGUUGUUAGACGUGCUUGAGGCCAGAAUCCACCAACUCCAAUCUGAUGUCAUUCUAGAUGUCCAACAUGCAAAGGUGCAAUUUGUUACAGCCCAAUCCUCUGGAAGAGAGUUUUUAUCUGGUAAGGGCCCUAAAAGGAAACCACAGGAGAAAACUGACAUUCCUAAAUCAGCGCCGAUAGUUUUGAAAUCCAAGCAAAAGUUAAGUGAGGACAACACAGGGAAACUUAGGAAACAGCAGAUAGUCAGUGAGAAACCCACGGAGAAAAUGAAGCAGAAGGUCCAGAAGAAGAAAUUAAAGGAACCUCUAAAAAAGGUUCUUUCUGAAGCUGGCAAAAAGCAGAGAGUUACUGAUGAGUCGAAGGAGCUGGAGAACAUUGUCAAGCAGCGGAUAAUCAAGAAGUCUAAAUCAAAACACUGUGAAGGAACUGUACCUGAGGACAUCAUGCUGAACAUCCGCUGUUACAUGGAGUGCUGUGUGUUUGCUGGGAAAAUUGAAAGGGCAUACCGCUUUCUGCUAAUGCAGCACAGAACCAUAGCCCGACGUAAACAUCUGAACACGGACAUCUACAACAUCAUGAUGAAGGUGUGGGCUAAGAAGGGUUCACUAACUAAGAUCGGCCACCUGUUCGUUCUGUUAGAAGAGCUUGGUCUGAAACCAAAUGUGGGAUCAUACAGUGCUGUACUGGAGUGUAUGGGCCGCAGUCCCGACUGCUCACCAGAGAUUGUCACAAGAUGCCUGAACCAGAUGGAGAAAAAUGGCGUGUCUGUGGAUGAUGUGUUCAGCCAGUGUGUCUUCCAGCAAGAUGAGGGAGACAUGGUGCUAAAGGCCGUGCGUUCCGUCCAGCCCGACUACCAGCCCCAUUUCAACUUGAUCAAAAACGAAUACUUCUCACCACUCGUUAAGGACUUCUACGCACAGAAGGGAGACUACCAGUACCCCAAACUGGACUUAACCCAGAAGGAGCUUCAGGAGCGUUUCAAACGUCAGCUCAGCAUCGAACAAGCCUGCACUGUCACCAUCGAUUCUGUGGAGAUUUCCAAGCCCGUCACUGCAAAGAUAAUCAAAAUGAGGAGGCACCUGGAAAAUCAGUGGGCAAAGUGGCACAAGAUCCUCCUUCAGGCCCUCAGGGAGAGCAGGAUGAACCUGGCCCAAAACAAGGACGACCGGUUUAGCCUUUAUCCCUAUCUCUGUCUGCUGAAGGAUGAAGAGUAUGUUGACGUCAUGAUACAGACUAUUGCCAAAAUGCCUAUGAGUGGAGAUGCACUGAAGUUUGUAGCCGGAGAGCUGGGCCAGAAGAUCUACAGCAAGUACACUGUGCACCAGAAGCAACAAAAUCACAUAACGGAUAAAUUGGUCAACAUUUACAACGAUUACACAGAACUUCUGGCCAAAGAUACCAAGGUGUACAACGACCUUCCCAGGGAGCGUUGGUGUAAGCUUGAGAUGGAGAAUAUUGCAGGACCCACGGUGCAGGCAGGAAGUACCAAUUGGCCAUACAUAAUAACACUGGAGCUGGGCACUUUCCUCGUGAAUAUCAUGGUCAAGAACCUUAAAAUUAAUAGCGACAUCAUAAACCCGUCUCACACCAGGCAGCUCAUCCCCAUCCUCUACCACAUGUACGCCUUCCGAAGCACACGACAGAUCGGCUUUAUCAAGCCCCACCCCAUUCUGUCUCACAUUCAGCAGGAGGCAAUGCAGAUCAAAUUGACCUUUGACUCAAAUGUGAUUCCAAUGCUGUGUCCUCCUGUCCCAUGGUGUUCUGUCAAGUUUGGAGCCUACCUGUUGACACCAACCAAACUGAUGCGCGCAAUGGAAGGGGCCACACAACACGAGAAGUUGUUGGAGAAGAGUCAGAACAUCCAACCAGUCCUGGACUCUCUUAACCAGCUGGGCAAUUGUCCCUGGAAGAUCAACAAACCUGUGUUGGAUAUUAUUAUUUCAAUCUUCAAUGAUCGGGGCUGUGAUAAGUUAGACAUCCCUCCUCCUCUGUCAGAGGCCCCCAAAGUAACCUAUUCCUUCGAUCCCACUCACACUUCUGCUGACAAAGUCCGCUUGAGGAAGGAGAUGAUUGAAGCCAAAAAGAAAACCACUGAAAUGCACAGCAUGCGUAUGGAUGCUCUAUAUAAACUCUCCAUUGCCAACCACCUGCGAGAUGAGAUCUUCUGGUUCCCUCACAACAUGGACUUCCGGGGACGUACCUACCCCUGUCCUCCGUACUUGAAUCACCUAGGAAGUGAUGUCACACGGGCCAUCCUUCAGUUUGCAGAGGGGAAGCCUCUCGGUCCAAAGGGCCUGGACUGGCUAAAGAUCCACUUAGUCAAUCUGACAGGACUGAAGAAGAAUAGCUCACUACAGGGACGCCUGGAGUAUGCCACCACUAUCAUGGAGGACAUACUGGACUCUGCUGACAACCCUCUCCAUGGUGGGAAGUGGUGGAUGGACGUAGAUGAGCCUUGGCAGGCUUUGGCCUGCUGCAUGGAGAUAGCCAAUGCUGUGAGAUCUCCUGAUCCGACACAGUUCAUCUCUCAUUUUCCUGUUCACCAGGACGGCUCCUGUAAUGGUCUCCAGCAUUAUGCUGCUCUUGGCAGAGAUGUUAUUGGUGCCACGUCAGUCAACCUCGUGCCCUGUGAGUUGCCACAGGAUGUGUACAGCGUCGUAGCACAGCAGGUGGAGGAGUUGCGAGCACUCGAUGCAAAGAAAAAUGUGAAGAUAGCCAAGAUCCUGGAGGGCUUCAUCAACAGGAAAGUGGUCAAACAGACCGUGAUGACUGUGGUCUACGGGGUCACACGCUACGGGGGACGCCUCCAAAUAGCGAAAAGACUGAAGGAGAUUGAUGUGUUCCCCAAGGAACAUGUAUGGAGUGCAUCUAAUUACCUGGUGCAUCUAGUCUUCAGUGGCUUAAAGGAGAUGUUUAAAGGAACCAGACAGAUCCAGGAUUGGCUUACAGAGAGCGCCAGGUUCAUCUCCAAGUCUGGCCACACCGUGGAGUGGAUGACACCCCUGGGUUUACCCAUCAUUCAGCCCUACCACCAAACACGCAGCCAAGUGCUGAAGAGUGCAUUUCAAACUAUCCAGAUCAGUAUCAACCAUGACAUCACAGAGAUGCCAGACACAGUUAAACAGAAGAAUGCCUUCCCACCAAACUUCAUCCACUCUCUGGACUCCACACACAUGAUGCUGACUGCUCUCCACUGCUAUAGUGCUGACCUGACAUUCGUCUCGGUUCACGACUGUUUCUGGACCCACGCCCUCACUGUGGACACCAUGAACAAGGUCUGUCGGGAACAGUUUGUCGCCCUGCACAGCCAGCCAAUCCUUCAAGAGCUGUCCAACUUCCUGCUAAACAAAUACUGCAGCAGCCCCCCGGUUGAGGACACGAAAAAGAUGAAUAUGGAAUAUGAGAAUCUGAAGCAGCUGCUGGCCCAAGUGCCCAAGACAGGUGAUUUGGAUCUCCAGCAGGUCAAAGAUUCCAUUUAUUUCUUCAGCUGAGAGGCUUGUGAGGGCGAGCAAGCGAAUGCAGAUGAGUGGAAUUGACACAGUGCAGCAGGGAGGCUGCAGGCCCCAGGGUCUCGACUAGCUUUGUCUCCCCCAGACAUCAGGACAUUGAUCCAGCCACACCCUGCCCGCCUCCUGGUCCACAGGCUGGCUGGAAACUGCUGGAGCUACUGGAGGCAUUCGCAAACACUGAGCCCUGCCUGAUUAACUGACUAGUGGGCUGAUGGAAAUGGUGGGGAGGGGGAUACUCAUCCAAGCGACAGAUGAGGAAAUCAGCACCGGAUGGAAAUGUUAAGACUUCAAUCAGUGAAAAGUACCUCUUAUAAUGGAUUUAUUCAAGUGUAUGUGUGUGUGUGUGUGUGUGCGUGUGUGUCUGUGUGUGUGCGCGUACAUGACCCUCUACUGACUGAAUCACAUGGGAACUGUUGAUUUCUUCAUCACUCAGCAACACUUCUGCUACUCGAUAAGACUGAGCAAAAGCUUCUCACCUACAAACUGUAAUUGCUAGUGACUGGUGGUGUGUGAGCAUUUGUCAUGCUGUGAAGACCUCCACAGAGCGCUGACCUGCCUCUGCGACUCUCCCACCUAAUCGUCGAUCCCAUCAUUACUGGCUGGCAGGACGCUCUCUGACACAACGUUUAAACAUUUAAAGGUUUUCUGAAGAAGUUUGAAGAGAAGACGUUUCAGGUGGAAAUUAAAUCAAACAAAGAAUUACAGGAUACGGGGCUCUCGGAGAAAGAUAAAUGUGGAAGGAUGAGUAAAGGGGAGACAGCAUUGUGUGCCAGGGUACUCUUGACUUAACUUUUUGGACUAAACACUUGACAGUUGCCUUUAAAAUAAAUGUGUUUCUUAAAA